AUGAAAAGCUUACGCUUCGAUUAUAUAUCAUCGUUGCUGUAUCCGUACCUCACAUUUCUUUCUUUCAAGUACCCACUGGACAUCCAAGGACUCAACCUACUGUACAAGUGCUCAGGGAAGCCCGUACCGCCUGCGGCCUGUGUCGAUAGCCAUGUGAACUGUCCUUCCUGGGCCAGUCUCGGUUACUGCAGAACCAACCCUGCCUACAUGUCAACGAGUUGCAAGAAGUCGUGCAACAUAUGUGGUGGUGGCUCGGGAUGUGUGGAUAAAGGGCCUCACUGCACCAGCUGGGCGGCCAAGGGGGAAUGCCAGCGAAAUCCAUCCUAUGUCAAUGAUGUGUGCGGGGGGAUCCUGCAGCAACAAGAACCAGCACUGUCAGGACUGGGCCAAGAAGGGGGAGUGCCAGCGCAAUGCGGCCUACAUGCGUCAGUCCUGCUCCAAGGCGUGCGGCCUCUGCUGAAGACCUGA